GCCACUGCACUCCAGCCUGGGUGACAGAGCGAGAUUCCAUCUCAAAAAAUAUAUAUAAAAAAAUUAGCCAGGCGUGGUGGUGGGUGCCUGUAAUCCCAGCUACUCAGGAGGCUAAGCCAGGAGAAUCACUUGAACCUGGGAGGCAGAGGUUGUGGUGAGCCGAGAUUGUGCCAUUGCGCUCCAGCUUGAGCAACAAGAGUGAAAAUCCGUCUCAAAAAUAAAUAAAUAAAUAAAUAAAUAAACUCUGUACACUAUUUGGGAGUGUAGCUAUAAGAUAAAUUCCCUGAAGCAGAAUUCCCUGCAGCAGAAAUGUGUAUAUUAAAGAAUAUAUGCAUUUGUGAUUAUACUAGUUUGUGUCAAAUUGCACUCCUUAGGUGUACACAUCAGAAAUGAUGAGAAAGUCUGUUUUGUCACAUUCUCACCAACAGUGUAUUGUCAAACUCAUUUUUGUCAGACUAGGAAAAAUAAUAUCUCAAAGUUUUUUGUUUUUUGUUUUGUUUUGUUUUUGUUUUUUUGAGACGGAGUCUUGCUGUCGCUCAGCCUGGAGUGCACUGGUGCAAUCUCAGCUCACUGCAAGCUCCACCUCCCAGGUUCAUGCCAUUCUCCUGCCUCGGCCUCCUAGUAGCUAGGACUACAGGCGUCCGUCACCAUGCCCGGAUAAUUUUUUUUGUAUUUUUAGUAGAGAUGGGGUUUCACCGUGUUAGCCAGGAUGGUCUCAAUCUCCUGACCUCGUGAUCUGCCUGCCUCGGCCUCCCAAAGCGCUGGGAUUACAGGCGUGAGCCACCGCACCCAGCCAGUAUUGUUAAUAUGCAUUUAUCUUACAAUGAAUGAGGUUGGGCCCCAUUACGUAUGUUUAAACACCACAUAUUUUCUUUAUGUGAACUAUGGCUUCAUAUCUUUUGCCUUAUUUCUAUUAGGUUCUUCUUCUUUUUCUUAUCAAUUUCCAGGAGCUCUUUUUGUAUUAAGAAUAUUAACAACUUUGAGAUAAAAGGUCAGGCACAGUGGCUCACACCUGUAAUCCCAGCACUUUGGGAGGCCGAAGUGAGCAGAUCGCUUGAGCUCAGUUCAAGACCAGCCUGGCAACAUAGUAAGAUACCAUCUCUACAAAAAACACAAAAAUUAGUUGAGCAUGGUGGCAUAUGCCUGUAGUCCCAGAUACUUGGAAGGCCGAGCCAGGAGGACUGCUUGUGCGUAGGAGUUCAAGGUUACAGUGAGCCAUGAUCAUGUCACUGCACUCCAGCCUGGGUGACAGAGUGAGAACCAGUCUCAAAAAAGAAAGAGAGAGAAAGGAAAGAAAGGAAGGAAGGGAAGGGAAGGGGAAAAGAAAGAAAAAUAAAAGAAAAGAAAGAAAGAGAGAGAAAGAGAAAGAAAGGAAGGAAGGGAGGGAGGAAGGGAGGGAGGGAAAGGGAAGGGAAGGGACAGGAAGAAAGAAAAAGAAAGAAAAGGAAGGAAAGAAAGAAAGAGAAAGAAAAAGGAAGGAAGGAAAGAAAGAAAAAAGAAAGAAGAAAGAAAGAAAAAAUUAAUCACCAAUGUGAUAGUAUUAACAGAUGGGGCGUUUCGAGGGUGAUUAAGUCAUAAGAACUGAGCCCUCAUGAAUGGGAUUACAGACUUUAUUAAAGAAGCUCAAGGGAACUAGUUUUACCCCUUUUUGCCCUUCUGUUCCUCUGGCAUGUGAAGACACAGAGGAGGUACUGUCUACGAGGAACAGGCUCUCACCAGACACCAAACCUCUCGGUGCCUUGAUAUUGAACUUCCAAGUCUCCAGAAUUUCCACAGUGAAGACCAAAAGAGACACAGUGAAAGGCUACUUCCUGGCUGGAGGGGACAUGGUGUGGUGGCCAGUGGGUGCAUCCUUGUUUGCCAGCAAUGUUGGAAGUGGACAUUUCAUUGGCCUGGCAGGGUCAGGUGCUGCUACGGGCAUUUCUGUAUCAGCUUAUGAACUUAAUGGCUUGUUUUCUGUGCUGAUGUUGGCCUGGAUCUUCCUCCCCAUCUACAUUGCUGGUCAGGUCACCACGAUGCCAGAAUACCUACGGAAGCGCUUCGGUGGCAUCAGAAUCCCCAUCAUCCUGGCUGUACUCUACCUAUUUAUCUACAUCUUCACCAAGAUCUCGGUAGACAUGUAUGCAGGUGCCAUCUUCAUCCAGCAGUCUUUGCACCUAGAUCUGUACCUGGCCAUAGUUGGGCUGCUGGCCAUCACUGCUGUAUACACGGUUGCUGGUGGCCUGGCUGCUGUGAUCUACACGGAUGCCCUGCAGACGCUGAUCAUGCUUAUAGGAGCGCUCACCUUGAUGGGCUACAGUUUCGCCGCGGUUGGUGGGAUGGAAGGCCUGAAGGAGAAGUACUUCUUGGCCCUGGCUAGCAACCGGAGUGAGAACAGCAGCUGCGGGCUGCCCCGGGAAGAUGCCUUCCAUAUUUUCCGAGAUCCGCUGACAUCUGAUCUCCCGUGGCCGGGGGUCCUAUUUGGAAUGUCCAUCCCAUCCCUCUGGUACUGGUGCACGGAUCAGGUGAUUGUCCAGCGGACUCUGGCUGCCAAGAACCUGUCCCAUGCCAAAGGAGGUGCUCUGAUGGCUGCAUACCUGAAGGUGCUGCCCCUCUUCAUAAUGGUGUUCCCUGGGAUGGUCAGCCGCAUCCUCUUCCCAGAUCAAGUGGCCUGUGCAGAUCCAGAGAUCUGCCAGAAGAUCUGCAGCAACCCCUCAGGCUGUUCGGACAUCGCGUAUCCCAAACUCGUGCUGGAACUCCUGCCCACAGGGCUCCGUGGGCUGAUGAUGGCUGUGAUGGUGGCGGCUCUCAUGUCCUCCCUCACCUCCAUCUUUAACAGUGCCAGCACCAUCUUCACCAUGGACCUCUGGAAUCACCUCCGGCCUCGGGCAUCUGAGAAGGAGCUCAUGAUUGUGGGCAGGGUGUUUGUGCUGCUGCUGGUCCUGGUCUCCAUCCUCUGGAUCCCUGUGGUCCAGGCCAGCCAGGGCGGCCAGCUCUUCAUCUAUAUCCAGUCCAUCAGCUCCUACCUGCAGCCGCCUGUGGCGGUGGUCUUCAUCAUGGGAUGUUUCUGGAAGAGGACCAAUGAAAAGGGUGCCUUCUGGGGCCUGAUCUUGGGCCUGCUCCUGGGCUUGGUUAGGCUGGUCCUGGACUUUAUUUACGUGCAGCCUCGAUGCGACCAGCCAGAUGAGCGCCCGGUCCUGGUGAAGAGCAUUCACUACCUCUACUUCUCCAUGAUCCUGUCCACAGUCACCCUCAUCACUGUCUCCACCGCGAGCUGGUUCACAGAGCCACCCUCCAAGGAGAUGGUCAGCCACCUGACCUGGUUUACUCGUCACGACCCCGUGGUCCAGAAGGAACAAGCACCACCAGCAGCUCCCUUGUCUCUUACCCUCUCUCAGAACGGGAUGCCAGAGGCCAGCAGCAGCAGCAGCGUCCAGUUCGAGAUGGUUCAAGAAAACACGUCUAAAACCCACAGCUGUGACAUGACCCCAAAGCAGUCCAAAGUGGUGAAGGCCAUCCUGUGGCUCUGUGGAAUACAGGAGAAGGGCAAGGAAGAGCUCCCGGCCAGAGCAGAAGCCAUCAUAGUUUCCCUGGAAGAAAACCCCUUGGUGAAGACCCUCCUGGACGUCAACCUCAUUUUCUGCGUGAGCUGUGCCAUCUUUAUCUGGGGCUAUUUUGCUUAGUGUGGGGUGAACCCAGGGGUCCAAACUCUGUUUCUCUUCAGUGCUCCAUUUUUUUAAUGAAAGAAAAAAUAAUAAAGCUUUUGUUUACCACAAGGCUUCCAAGUGUUUAUAGACCAUUUUCAACAUGACACUUAGCUCUUUUCUUUUUUCUUUCUUUUUUUUUUUUUUUUUUUUUUUUUUUUUUUUUUUGAGACAGUGUCUCACUCUGUCACCCAGGCUGGAGUGCAGUGGCAUGGUCAUAGCUCACUGCAACCUCAAACUCCUGGGCUCAAGUGAUCCUCCCUCCUCAGCCUCACAAGUUUCUAGGACUACAGGCACACACUACCAUGCCUGGCUAAUUUUUCCUUUUUUUAAAGAGAUGUGGUCUAUGUUGCCCAGGCUGGUCCUGAACUCCUGGCCUCAAGUGAUCCCCCUACCUCAGCCUCCCAAAAUACUAGGAUUACAGGCAUGAGCCACCAUGCCCAGCCUCUUUCCUUCUUGAAAAUAAUGAAGGUUAGAAGAUGGAAAGAGGAGAGAUAUGUAAAAGCUUCCUUUUGCAAGACUAGUUAUUCAUUCUUCUUAUCCAUUGUGCAACAUCAAUACCCAAAUUCAAAGGGAUAAAGAAGCAAAGAGACUUACAGGACCUCCCAGGCUGACAGCAGCCACAUCUCCAGGGUUGGGUAUUUAGCAUUUGAACUUGCCCAGCUCACCUGCACAGUGCAAAGAAUGGGACCUGCAUUCUAUCUCUUGCCUUCCACUGUGGCUGGCUUUGGGUGAAGGUCCCCGAGUUUUCUCACUGUGAUACUUUCUCCUAGAUAUUUCUUGGAAAUAGACCCGAGUUGGUACUCUGAAAUCUUGUGCUGUAAGAAAAUCAGGGAAUUGUGUGCACUUCUCAAGUUCUGGCUUAGACUCUCGUUUUUGAGACAGGAUCUCACUCUGUCACCCAGGCUGGAGUGUAGUGGCACCCUGAGAGCUCACUGCAGUCUUGACUUCCUGGGCUCAUGUGAUCCUCCCACCUCAGCCUCCUGAGUAGCUGGGACUACAGACAUGCACCACCAUGCCUGGCUAAUUUUUAAAAUUUCUUCGCAGAGACAUGGGGGGCGGGUCUCUCCUAUGUUGCCUGAGCUGGUUUUAACCUCCUGGGCUCAAGCAAUCCUCCUGCCUUGGCCUCCCAAAGUGCUGGGAUUACAGGUGUGAGCCACGCACCCAGCCUUAGACUGUGUUUCAUUGCUUAAUUCCCCAUGAUGAUGCUCCCCUAAAAAGAAGCAGCCAGGUGGAUGUGCAUCUCAAUGAACCUCCCCACCAAAAGCCAGUAAGGCUUUGACCUGCACAGCAGCGGCCUCCUGUUCUGGGUAAAGCCAGCCUCCUCAGCUUCCCAGCUUUGGGCCCAUUGGAGUCUGACGGAAUGACCCAUCAGGGCUGCGUUUGCCACGUGCAGAGCUAAGAGCAGGACAGGGCCAACGGAGUGAGCCCUGAGACCAUCUCUGGAGUAGCUCAGGGCCAUGAACCAUCCAGGCCUGGGAUAAGGUGGGGUGGUGGGGUAGACUAGAACCCCUUCCUGGCCUGACAGAGCUGGAAAGCAGAGGAGUCUCUCGAGGGACCCCAAUUUCCAGACCAGAGGAAAGUAAACAGGACCCCCUGGGGCUGAGGAGCUGCCCACCCACUUAAUCCUCCAGUGAUGAUGUCUUUCUGGUUCCUACUUGAUGCCAACAGCUAGGACUGGCCUGGUGCACAGGCAAAUGUAUUGGUCCAGCCUCAGCUCUGCUCAUAGGCCCAGCUCUCUACAGGAAUCCAAAUAGCAGUAGUAGGUUGGACAAAGGGCACCCCCAGCCCUCCUGGGAAGGGGUAUGGGCGGGGAACUGGCUGCUAACAUGGCUCCAGGCAGGAGCGUGGAAUGGUUCUGGAGCAAGUGGGCUCAAGGAGAAUCUUCACCGGGGAGGCUGAGCUUCUGCCUCCAAGGCCCAAAGGAGGGGAGUGGGCGGCAUGGGAGGCUUCCACUACAGUCCUGAGCUCCCCGUCCAAGCCUGCCCCUCACACCAAGACCCCUGUUGCCUCUAGCUGGGGUCAACAGUGUGUUUCAGCAGGGACGCACUGAGCUGUCACUAUGGUAGCUCAGGCCACCCCCAUCUCUGCCCGGACUCCUGACUGCCUUCUCACAUCCAGUCUUUCCCAUUCUCCAGCCACUGGCAGGGUGAGCAACACGGAUCAAGCCAAUCCUCUGCUUGGAAUCCUUCAGAGACCUUCCCACUCUCAGGAUGAACUCUGCAAUCCUUUGCCUUCCUUUUUUUUUUUUUUUUUUUUUUUUUUUUUGAGACAGGCUCUCACUCUGUUGCCCAGGCUGGAACAUAGGGUGCGAUCAUGGCUCAAUGCAUUCUUGAACUCCCAGGCUCAGGUGAUCCUCCCACCUCAGCCUCCUGGGUAGCUGGGACUACAAGUACGCACCACCAUGCCUGGCAAUUUUUGUUGGUUGUUGUUGUAUUUUGUGGAGAAGGCAUUUUGCCAUGUUGCCCAGGCUGGUCUCCAACUCCUGGGCUCAUGUGAUCCACCUGCCUUGGCCUCCCAAAGUGCUGGGAUUACAGGUGUGAGCCCCCACAUCUGGCCUUUUUUUUUUUUUUUUUUUUUUUUUUUUUACAGACAGGGUGACAAAGUUGUCACCCAGGCUGGAGUGCAUUGGCAUGAUCAUGACUUACUGGACCCUCGAACUCCUGCCUCAACCUCUUGAGUAGCUGGAACUACAGGCGUUUGGCCACCAUACCUGGCUAAUUUUAAUUUUUUUAUGUAGAUGGGGUCUUACUAUGUUGCCCUGGCUGGUCUCAAACUGCCAGCUUCAAGCAAUUCACCCACCUCAACCUCUCAAAGUGCUGGGAUUACAGGCGUGAGCUGCUGUGCCCAGCCAGCUGAGAGAUUUUAAAUGUUCUCACCACAAAAAAUAAAUGAUAAUGGAGGUGAUGGAUAUAUUAAUUAGCUAGAUUUAACCAUUCUGCAAUGUAUACAUAUACAAAAACAUGUCGUAUACCAUAACUUUUAUCAAUUUAAAAAACCAGUGCAGUGCAAAUACAAUUUACAGAUGUGCAUAGAAACUGAAUUCAGGCCAGGUGCAGUGGCUCACAUCUGUAAUCCCAGCACUUCAGUGGGCUGAGAUGAGCGGAUCACCUGAGGUCAGAAGUUCAAGACCAGCCUGGCCAACAGAUCAAAACCUCAUCUCUACUAAAAAUACAAAAAUUAGCCUGGCAUGGUGGUGGGUGCCUGUAGUCCCAGCUACUUGGGAGGCUGAGGCAGGAGAAUGGCUUGAACCUGGGAGGCGGGGGUAGCAGUGAGCCGAGAUCAUGUCACUGCACUCCAGCCUGGGUGACAGAGCAAGAUUCCAUCUUAAACAAAUAGAAUGACAACCAAAAACCCCAAAUUCAAAUACAAGUAGAAAGAGUGAAAACAGAACCCUGAGGUUUUUUUUAGGUUGGGGGAGGUUCUUCCUUGUAUCAAAUAUCCCCCUCCCCACAUGUCAUUUGUGAUGAUGUUUCGUGUGUGAAGGAUAGACCCUAAGGUGACCCUCAAUCAUCCCUACUUCCUGGGAAGUGGAUCCUUCCCCAGUCCAGCCUCCAGAUGAGACCCCAGCCCUGGCUGCUGCCUUGACAGCAGAAGAUCCUGGACAGAGGACCCAGAGAAGCUGUGCCUGGACUCCUGACCCACAGGAGCUAUGAGAAAAUGAACAUGUGUUGUUGUAAGCUGCUAAGUAUGUGAUCAUCUGUCAUGCUGCACUGGAUAACUGACAUGAGGGGCAUGGUGUGUGAACGCAUGUGUGGAUGUAAAGGAGGGGUUGGCUGGAGAGGGUGUGGGAGGAGGACAGUUGCCUGCACAGCUGUGUGGGGUCUACACAGCCAUGUACCUCCUUUGGAGGGUAUCGAGUACAAGUAAUUUGGUUGCCAGUAAGAGAAAGAAACCCAAAGAGGAACGUUUGUGCCAAAAACAAUCAAGCACUUUAUUGUGAGCAUACAAAGGCAAGAAAUGCAGAAUGGCUUCAGGGACACAAACCGGGAGCUGGGAGGGUUUUAAAAACCAAGCCCUGCACUCUCUCCCUCUUAUCUUUUGUCCCUGCCUCUCCGCACAUCUGCUGACUUCUCCCUCUGCAGGCAGGUUUUCUCUACUCCACAGAAUCCACGGUGGUGGCAGGGCACCCACAGCUCCGUGCCGGGAGACAGGGGUCCUGCCUCCUGGGGAAGAGACUCAGGGCCCAUGCCUGUGCGAACCCAUGCGGGACAGGGUGGGGAUGGCCAUGUGUGCAGCCUGCUGUGGGCAGGAGGGAAACUAAGGGGGUCCUUGACUUGCUCCCCUCCCUUAGCUGGCAGCUCAAGUGGUCUUGGUCACUUCUUGUCUUUUGGCUGCACCAGAGCCUGUGGCUUCCCCGCACCAGCACAUCUCCUCCUCUCUAGCUCCACCGAUGAGAUACAAGGAAAGUGCAAGCCCUUGGCUGAGAAGCAUCCCUAUGAGUGAGACGCUUGCUGCCCAGUCUGAUGCAAAACCCUGAGACUGUGGGUCCCAGAGGCCAGAGGCGCUGGAAUAUGAAGAGAUGGGGUUUUGCCAUGUUGGCCAGGCUGGUCUCAAACUCCUGAUCCCGUGAUCCGCCCACCUUGACCUCCCAAAGUGCUGGGAUUACGGGCAUGAGCCACCACACCCAGCGCAUCUGAACUCUUGGAAUGACCACAGGGUGGAACUCGGCAAAACCAAGGCAGCCAGGGGUCUACUCUGAGCCUCUGCAGUCUCCACAGUGCUGGGUGCAGGGCAAGCUCCUUCCAGAAUGCUAGGUGAGUGCUAAACCGCAGGGGGUAGUGAGAGGAACCGGUGCCUGACCAAGGAGGUUUGGUGCAGGUGGGGGAGCAGGGACACGAAGUCUGAGCGCAAGGGCCUAGAACAUUCUAUAAGAAACUACUGUGUAGAGAAGGGAAGGAAACAAUCUGAAGGGCAGAUGGCCAGUGCCCUUCUGGACAGCCAGAAAUGGCCACUAUGGGUUCAGAUUCUCUGCCUCUCUGACGGUGGGCAGGCUGGAAAUGGUGUGCCUAACGUACAGUGCCAACACAGUACAACGCCUCCAGCAGAAGGAAUCCCAGGCCACAGAACGGGAAGGAGGAUCCAGGUGCCUCUCCUGGCCCUGCCGGCGGGAUGCUUAGCCAUGUAUCCCACCCUAGACAGUUCUGUUUUUUUUUUGUUUUUUUUUGUUUUUUUUGAGACAGAGUCUCACUUUGUUGCCCAGGCUGGAGUGCACUGGCUUGAUCUGGGCUCACUGUAGUCUCUGUCGCCCAGGUUCAAGUGAUUAUCCUGUCUCAGCCUCCUAAGUAGCUGGGAUUACUGGCACCCACCACGAUGCCAAGUUAAUUUUUUGUAUCUUUAGUAGACAUGGGGUCUCACCAUGUUGACCAGGCUGGUCUUGAACUCCUGACAUCAAGUGAUCUGCCCGCCUCGGCCUCCCAAAGUGUGGUCUUUACCUUUGACACAUACACAGAGUCAAAUGACUUUCAUUGUUUUGAAGUUUGCAGCUGUCAGGGUAGGAAGAUUGCUGCAAACAAUAGGAGAGUAAAAACUGAAUGAGGCUCUUAAAAUAAUGAGGUAUGGUUUGCUGUAUUUCAGAAUCAGCAAUGAUGAACACAUGCUAUAUGCUGGGCAGGAUGUCAGCAUGGAUGUUCCUCAUCCCCAGGUGCCAACAGCAUCUCCUUGACAAGCGCCCACGUCCCUGCUUCCUCUGGAGGACAAGCUCAGGCAUCAAGAUGGGAGCAUCUCCGAGGCUCCAUGGAGACACCUGACCGUGGACAGCCAGGCGCCUGGAGAAGGUGCUCAACAUGGAGCAUCAGCCUACACAGAGGAUUCUUUCUCUGCAGGGUUUGUUCUGUGGCUAAAGGAGGGUAUAGAAAAUUAACAAUACACAGGUGGCACAGGGGAAGAUUGAGCCUUAAGCCAAUGAAAAUUCAAGAUAUGGGAGCAAAUGGGCUUACAGGAGCAUAUUUUGAAGGUAAUUAAUAAGUAUAGGGAGUACUUUGAGGGCAUAGGAAACUGAGUAAAGAUGAAAAUGUGGGCUGGGCAUGGUGGCUCACGCCUGUAAUCCCAGCACUUUCGGAGGCUGAAGUGGGAGGAUUGCGUGAGGCCAGAAUUGUAAGACCAGCCUGGGCAACACAGCAAGAUCCCUGUCUCUAGAAAAAAAAUUAUUUAAAAAUUAGUUGGGUGUAUUGCCAUGCACCUGUAGUCUCAGCUACUUGGGAGGCUGAGUUGGGAGGAUCAUUUGAGCCUAGGAGUUUGGAGGCUGCAGUGAGUUAUGAUUGCGCCACUGCACUCCAGCCUGGGCCACGGAGUGAGAUCUGUUUCAAAAAAACAACAAAAGGAAACUGUGGUUCCCCUUUUUAAAUCAGGCUUAAGUCAGUUCGUAGUGGAAAGAGGCCCAGUGUCUUCUAGGCAGUGACUUAGACACUGACACACCUAGCAAACUCGAUCAAUAGAAGGCUCAGGGCAGCCAACUCUGGCAGCGUGUCCCACUCUGUUCCCAAGAGAAAACGGCCUUAUCUGGGCCAAGGGGUCGUGCUAUCGUCAGACCAGCUGUCCAGAGCCUCAGUCUCGCUUUGCUCCAAUUCCCCAUCGGCUCUUCCCUAGUAUUUCAAUCCUGGGAGAGACGGGAUAAUUUUCACGCCUUGGAUAGGGCAUGAAAGCACCAGCCAUUGGAAAAAGGGCUCUCUAUGGCAAUUCACAACUGCUGACGAAUGCACCAACCCGGUGGGGCUGAACUCCUGUGAGCUGCCCCCGGGAGUCUGAGUAUCUCUAGAUGGAAAGAAAGGGAUGCCAGCACUGGGAGGACCAAGGGUACAGCCUUGACCAGAACCUGCACUGAGGAUGGCCAGGCUAGGAGGUCUUUGGGGCACCUGGUGGCCUUUUUCACUGCUGAGACCUUGCUCUCUGUUUCUUCAAACUCCUACAGCUACAAUUAGACCCUCUCCCCCAAGAUGUCCCAGCCACAAUUCUAUCUGGUUGAGUGGCAACACACACACACUCAUGCACACACACACUCCACAAUUUAUCUCCAAGAAUUAUGAAGUUUUCAUAUAAACCACAGAAUAUAUUUAAUUCAAAUUAAACAUGAAACUAGAAUAAUGUUCGGUCUUUAUCAAGUAGCAAUUACAUUGUUUAAAAAAAAAAAAAAAAGAA